AUGUUGUUCCGAUUCUUCUACACUCUCCUCCUCUUGGUUGCCUGUGCUUCUGCCAGCGUCUUGAAAUACGAUCCCAACUACUCCUACUCCAGGAAUCUUCCUCUUACCAGCUUUGCUUGCUCCGACGGUUCCAAUGGCUUGAUCACAAAGUUCAAGGGCACCGUUAACAACCUCAGCCAGCUCAGGAGCAAGCUCAAGCCAGGUGUCCAAGUUGCUGCCCACAAGUUUGUUACUUCCUGGAACUCUCCAUCCUGCGGUGCAUGCUUCCGCGCUCGCAACCCAAAGACCAACCUUUCGUUCAAUUUCAUUGCCAUCGAUGUCGCCAGAGACGGUGUUGAGACUGUUAUCGCAUCUCCAGAGGCCUUCGCCAGCGUCUCUCCGAGCGGUACCACCAACGAGGGUGUCCUCCCUGUUUAUAUCACCUACUUCAAGGAUGCCCCAAGCAACUGCUGGGCCUAA